CUUGCCUCUUAUUGUUGCCUUCAUUCCUUUGUCCCUCACUCAACGCCAGUGAUCAAGUACCGGGGCUGUAUGGCGACUCGUCUAUGCGGUGACGAGGCGAUUUGGAGCCUGCUCUGACCAUGGCGAAUGCAACUGACUCCGACUCGACGUAUGGCGACAGCAUUCUCACAGAAACAACCUCAUUACAUGGUAGCGUGCUCAACUAUCAAUAUGAGAAUGGCCGUCGCUAUCAUUCCUACAACGCCGGGAAAUACUUCGCCCCCAAUGACGAACGGGAACAAGAGCGACUAGACCUCCUUCAUCAUGUCAUAUCCAUGAUACUGAGAGGAGAGUUACAUCGAACAAACUUCGAGCUACAGGAACCGGAGAGAAUCCUCGAUAUAGGAACCGGCACUGGUAUCUGGGCCAUCGCCAUCGCGGACAAAUUUCCUGGAGCAGAGGUUAUCGCCACCGAUUUGUCUCCCAUACAGCCUACGUGGAUUCCCCCCAAUCUUCAAUUUCUGGUCGAUGAUUGCGAGUCUGAUUGGAACUUUGACCAGCAAUUUGACUGGAUUCGAAUCGCAAACAUGGGCGGCUCGAUCGCGGACUGGCCACGACUAUUCCAACAAUGCAUGGCUUUUCUCAAGCCUGGCGGCUGGCUGGAAGUCCUGGACUUUGAAGCAUGGGGAUCGACCGACGAUGACACUCUUCCAGCGGACAGUUCAUACAACAGAUGGCAACACGAGCUCAACAAUGCAUCCUCCAGAACAGGCCGAAUCAUGAAUGUGGCUCCGCUGAUCAAAGAGAUGGUUGUUAAUGCGGGCUUUCAAGCGGUUGACGAGGAGAUCUACAAGUGUCCCCUCUCACCCUGGCCCAAGGACAAGCGGCUGAAAGAGCUGGCCACGUACAUGAACUUGAAUCUGUCCGAGGCCGCUCCAGCUUACAGUUUGGCGCUGUUCACUCGCAUCCUUGGCUGGGAAAAAGAAGAAGUCGAGGUGCUGAUGGCUGGAGUUCGAAACGAUCUCAACAACACAAAAUAUCAUCUGUACACCCGCCUGCAUAUCGUACUCGGAAGAAAAGCGUCAUAAUCCAUGUUGUUAUGUUUGUAUGAUGGAGGGAAAAAGGCGGGAGUACUAGUAUCGAUUGGCAAUGUGCAUUUUAGGGGUGAAAGAACCAUUAUGUUGUGUCAGAUGGAUCGGGAUGACUUCAGCCCUGGUCUCCCUCCAUGAGAGCACUGCACGGCGUACAUUAAAAGUUUUGGGACCCGACAAGUUGACCAUGUUUUGGUUUGCAGGUUUCUUCGCAACUUGCCUGUCUUCUCUAACGACAGUACGGUCCUCCUGGCAUGACUGGCGGCGGGUGGAAAUUAACUUGAGUAAUGUAAUGUGACGAUCGAAUCCUCUCUGUCGAGUCUUCGGAAUGUUCCAGAGUACAUUGGCUGGUUACUAACAUGACACGACUGCAUGCUCACCAAGGACAAACUAACCCAACAAUGCCAGUUGUUCGCAGCUAACUCCGAGGCCAAGAGCUCACAUCAUCUCCCAAGAGCCAUGAUGGAUCCCAUUACAGUGACUGUCUCUGUUGUCUCGCCGGGG